GGGCGCAGCCGCCCGGCUCGAAGAGGUUGCAGCGCCAGGGGCUCAGGGGGCAGAGCAGCCUGGCCAUGGGCGGGGCUGCCGCCCAGCGCAGCGCCCACCCCGCAGGCAAGCGCCUCCGGCCAGAGGGGCAGCCGCCCGGCGGCGGCGGGGAGCUGCGCCGCUGCGCCCGCCUGCGCCGGCACGCCGAGGGCUUCGCACGGCUCGCGCCGCCGAAGCGGCGCGCGCUGCUGCGGCGCUACCGCGCCGCUGCGGCGGCCUGGCCGCAGCGGGCCCUGCAGCGCCACGCCGUGCACGUGGCGGCGUGGGCCUUCGAGGAGGCCUCUGCCGCCGCGCCGGGCGCCGUGGAGGGCGCCGCGGGCGAGCGGGGCGGCGCCCGCGGGCCCGCGGAGCCGAGCCCGGCGCUGCUGCUGGCCAGGCUGCUGGGCAUGUGCAGGGGUCGGCUGUCGCCCUGGCUGCGCGCCACGCUGCAGGCGGUGAUGGAGCAGCCCGGCCCCGGCAGAGCAG